GACUGUUGGCCAAUAUGGCUGAGGCUUCUGGGAACUGAAGUCCAAAAUCUCUUAAAGGGUGCAGUUUGGGGACCAGCUGUUCAAUAGCGGAAGGGGCGAUCUGAGAAGCGCUAGGCUUCCUCCUGGUUGGAUUUAUUUAAAUAGAGGUUGGUUGGCAAUCUGAUAGGUUUACUUUGGCUGUCCGUUUUCUUCACUGGCAUGAGACUGGACUAAAUGACCCCUUGGAUCCCUCAUUGCCUUCCCUGCCAUCUAUGAGCGGCAGAACAAAGAGCUGCCCUCCAUCCGGCCGGGUGGCUCUGGAAAGAGACAAAGAUCUCUUAAGCAAUUACAUUGGCAUCUAUGGGAAUGACAUGCCCAGGUUAUGAUUCACCUGGAAAACCUGAAGCCUGUGCUACUCCCAAGACGACAGCCUGCAUGGAUGGAUGGGUGCUAAACAUCUGAAGGGUGAUUGCCAAGUAGAAGAUGGAGCAAGACUGGUUUCGUACUGGCAUAGCGGGUCAUGCCUGACCCAAUGGAUGAUAAGAGAGGAGAUUCUGACUCAAGAUGAGGGACUGUUUUCAUAUGUCCUUGUUCUUAAUUCCUCCUUCUCCCCCCUUUCCUCUUCUCUUUGCAGGAGUAUACUUGUCCCAGGUGCGAGUCUGGCUUCAUUGAAGAAGUGACCGAUGAUUCCAGUUUCCUUGAAGGCAGCGGCAGCGGGAUAGACGACAGCCCUUCCACCCCAUUUGCCGAGUUUUGGGACCAGCUGGAUCGUUCGAUGGUCUUUCCGUUCCUGAGCAACUCACUGGACCACGAUGGCCGAGAAAACGAGAGGGGCCACCAAGCCCAUGCGGACCUCUGGGGACCAAGCAGACCCCCCCGGUUACCAAUGACGCGGAGGUACCGCGCCCGGUACAGCACCCGGCCGGAGAGAUCGCCCGCCAUCGAAGGAAUCAUACAACAGAUCUUUGCAGGAUUCUUUGCAAAUUCGGCAAUUCCUGGUUCUCCUCCUUCCCCUUUUUCCUGGAGCGGCACACUGCAUUCGAGUCCUGGUGACUACGCUUGGGGACAGAGCGGCCUGGAUGCCGUCGUCACCCAGCUUCUGGGUCAGCUAGAAAACUCAGGGCCUCCCCCUGCCGAGAAGGAGAAGAUCUCCUCUCUCCCAACAGUGACCGUCACUCAGGAACAAGUUGAUACGGGUUUGGAGUGCCCCGUAUGCAAAGAAGACUACACUGUCGCGGAGCAGGUCCGGCAACUCCCGUGUAAUCACUACUUCCACAGCAGCUGCAUCGUGCCCUGGCUAGAGAUGCAUGACACGUGCCCCGUGUGUCGGAAGAGCUUAAACGGAGAAGACUCCACGCGGCAAGGCCCCAACCUGGAAGCCUCCACGAGUAACGCCUUUGGCAGCACCGGCCGCCUGGACGACCGAUGGACUUUCUAAAGCACCCCUCCCUCCCUCCUUCCCUCCCCACAAGGAGGAAGGGGGGCAGUUCGUGCCUGUAGUACUCCAUACUACAGUUGUAAAUUGUAUAGCUAAACCACAAAAACCCAGUAGCGAGAAAAGAUGGAGAGUCAGAACUGAUGCAAGCAAUGGAACCGCAGCAAGUACGCUUGCCUUUCCCCAAUACGUCUGACCCUUCCAAUUUGGAUCAGCCUCUGAAUGAUCCCAUCAUAAUCCUUAAUCUUGGAAGUGACCCAGAAUUUAACAAGGGGUUGGAGAUGGAGCGCAGGGAGAGGUUCCUCAACGUUUGCAAACCCUUGUUUUUCGCUGAUGGCGAGAGAGAGGCCUCCAUCUUGCUAGAUCCGUUGCCUUUGGAGCCAGGCGCAGCAGGACUUGCCUCCGCUCACCGAUCAGAAAAGAGACAUCCGCAGAGGCGUUUCGACCAGCGAUGGGGAGACAUGUUGAAAAGAAUCCCACAAGGGAAGGACACACACCUUUCCAAAUCCAUGCCCUCCUCCCAGGACAGAAUCAGAUACAUUGAUUUGGUCCACCUUUCCUGCAACGUAGGACUUUCGUUGUAUUGCGGCUGAGAUUUCUUUGCAUUCGGUGGAUGGCAUUGCAGCUCUGUUUCUCUUAGCGAACUCCACACAGGUAUGGAGUAGAGGUGGCUUUGGAGCUGGAGAAGGCAAAGAGGUAUACAAUGCGCCUCCCAUGGACUGUUGAUGAAACAAUGCGCCUCUAGUGGUACUUUGGUUCCCUUUGCUCCCCAUCCUCCCCAACGCUCAACCCACCCGGCUCCUUAAGACUCACUCUGCUGCCUUGGGAUACAGAUGGACCACAUUUGAUUCCUCCUCCUCUCUAAGACUAAUAUUAUUUUUGCAGGCUGUUCUCCAUCAGUAUUUAAAACGAGAAUGUCAUUAUCUGAUACCAUUAAAAACACAACAACAACCCACCACUUUUACCUUAUUUUAAGUGUUUCUUUCCCUGCUAACCUCUUCUCCUGGAGUUUUCUCCAUCUGUUUGUUUUUCCCUUUGGGUUUUAACUUGGGAGUCAUAGCUGAGCUUGGGGUAUCUGUCAAUUGCGGCCUCCCAAAGCCUCUUCCAUCUAAAACCAGAUGAGUUUUUAAGUGGGAAGGGGUUCUCUGGUUUGGAUGCUAGAAAAGGGAUGGAAGAGGGUUGCCCCUAUUUUCCCCUCAAGCGCAGAAGCAAGCGAACACACACCCAGAGAGAAACCCUAUUGCCAUUUCAUCGCUCUCGGCGGUGUACCAGGAACACUGGAUUUCAAACGUAGCGUCUUCUGUUUGCUAUCAUAAAGUUGAAUAAAAGUAUUUAAUAAGAG